AUGACACGUAGCCGAGCCUGUGAUCCAUGUGCAACGAGGAAAAUAAAAUGUGACCGAGGACAACCCUGCAAACGCUGCAAGGCCCUUGACAUUUCAUGUACGACGACCAGGGCUCAGUCGAAACCUGGCCCCAAAGGCCCGUGGGCCGAGAAGAGGCGCCUCGCCCGGCUACAAGGCGCUCUGCAUCAGGGAAAGAAAAUCGCUGGCGAAAAUGCUCAUCCGAUCAGUGCAAAGGAAGAGAGUGUCGAAAGCGACGAGUCUGUUCUCGCCAUCGACUUCACGCCAACCGCCUCGGUCUCUGUGAUCCAGCACUAUCUGGACAUUUACCACGAGCGGUUAUAUCCAGUAUGGCCGGUGGUUGAUCGGGACGAGAUGAACUUGCGCAUUCAAAAUCCGGACGAUGUUGAAGCAUACGCAUUAUGUACCGCCCUCGCAGCGGUUGUCAUGGCAAAUCUGCGACUCAACCCUCCCGAUCCCAGCGAAGUCCCUGAUCCGGUCAGCGAUAUUGAAAUGGCCUCCGAAUCUGAGCGAGCACGCGCUUCUCUUCGCUACCAAGAAGAGCCCACCAUUGGGCACUUGCUUUCCUCGUUCUUUUUGCAUAUCUUCUGCGCGAAUCGGGGUCAAGUAUGCAAGGCCACGGUGCUGAUCCGUGAGGCUGUCACAUUUGCCCAGUUUCUUGAACUCGAUCAGCGCCAGCACUAUGCCUCGCUGCCUAAGAAAGAACUACAAGCCCAUCUUCGCAUAAUUUGGAUAUUAUGUAUUACAGAGCGCGGCCAUACGACGCGGUUCGAUCUUUCAAGAAUUCUACAUCUUGAUCCAGACUUGCCGUCUCUAGAAACUAAGGAGGUGCCCCCUGGCCUGGUGGCCUUUACAGAUAUGUGCCAGCUUUUCCGCACUUUCGGUCUUGCAAUGGACAGCGAGUGGUCAGAUCGCACAUCCGACUUUUUCUGCAACGUGGACCGCCAGCUGCGAGAGAUGCGGCAAAUACAAUCAAAGCGAGAAUUCCAACAAGCAGACUUUCUCAUCACCCAGCAGUGGAUGAGGAUGGUGCUCUGGAAAACCUCAAUGUUCCACAUUAAACUUUCUGCGGAUGCCAACGAUGAAAAUCUUAGCAUUCUCUUCCCGCAACAAGUGGCCCAGAGCAUGUUUGUGUACCUGAAUCGAUUUUCACCCAAUAUUGUCGAAGCGCAUGGCAUCGGAAUGCAAAUGAAGCUAGCAGACGUAGCAAUCUCUCUAGCCGACAUGUUGUCGUGUGUUCCCUGGAUGUCAGAGCGUCGACAAGCCAUGCGAAUCGGCCCGAACGAUAUGCUUGGGCAUAUGGCCAACUUUCUCGCGUCUCUUCGAGGCAACAUCAAUCCUAGAAUGGAGAUUUUGGUUGAAAAGCUAAGUAACCGUGGAUGGGGCUACAGCCCAGAAAUACCAAUUCAAGAAUACAUGACCCCUGAAAUGCACCGCAUUCUUGCUGCCGAGUAUUACGAGAAAGAAGAAGAAUCUCCAGUCAUGAUCUCGUCGAUCAAGUGA